AUGUCUCUUGCCGGCAAGUGUAUCGUUAUUUCCGGUGCGGCUUCUGGUAUAGGCCAGGGCGUUGCGAGGCACUUAGCCACCCUCGGUGCGCAUCUCUCCCUAGCAGAUAUCAACCUCGAAGGCCUUACUGCAGAGGCGGAGCAAAUUCGUGCUGCCGGCAACGCUUGUCUCGUGCACCGAGUGGACGUCCGGAAGCGGGCUGAUAUCGAUGCGUGGAUCCGAUCGACAGUCGACACAUUUGGACGCCUAGAUGGUGCGGUGAACUGUGCAGGGGUCCAGUUUUUCGAGUCGCUCCAAAUGAGCUAUCCUUCGCAUCCGUUUCGUCCUGGAAAGCCAUCUACGGACACCAGCCGCCUAGUAAGGGGACACAUAUCAAGAGCGAAUUCUACGCCGUCUUUGGAUCAGGAUACAACAGUCUAUGUAUAG